AUGGCUCAGAUACUGCCGAUACGAUUUCAGGAACAUCUGCAGGUAAGAAGACGCUAACAGCCGGGGAAAAAAAACAUUACAAAGAUGCAUUUUCGCGCAGUUCUUCAGCUUUCCAGGCCCGCACAUAGAAACACAACUACGCAUUUAAAUGGAAUCUUACAUGGGGCUGUAGCCUGCAGGGAGAAUGCUCAAUAUAGCCACAGGCCUAGCUAGCUAGCUUGUGCAGGGCAGAUGAUGACUUGUAAAAAUUGAACAGUCAGAUCGUACUGGGAGGCUAUAGUCUGCUUAUUGCAGACCCGAAAACACAGCCAGUGAUUUACGCCGCAGUCUGUUCAAGUGGAAAAACGUCGCUGUCACAACUCAGAGCCUACCGGUUAAAGCCCGAAACCGCAGUGUUUUGACACUUUGAUGCAGUGAUCUUGGCACUGAAGUGGCAACAUUAUUACUGAACCCUACAUGACACAUCAGAUGUAACGAAUGCGUGUAAAAUGUAUACAAUGUUACUUCAUAGAAUGAGUUAGAGGAAAGUUAAUCGGAUCGUAAAUCAUAGCGCUGUCCACUCAACUAGAAUCAAGAUCUCGUGAUAACGGUUUUGGUCAUUGUUCUGAAUCUGAAUCGAUUGGUUAUUUAGGCUAUGUUGCAUGUGUUUAGUAUGUGGCUAGAUUAUAUGGUUAUAUAUUUUUGUUGGAGAACCCCCUCAUCUACUAACCCGACCGGUAAACCUCUCCAUAUGCGUAAUGGAUCACCUCAAUGCGGUAAUGUCAAUUUUGGUUAAGGUUCCGAUCUUGCCUUCGGUUUAAUCAUUCCCCCCUAGCUGCCCCGGCCAGGUUUCUUGGGACCAAAGUGCAAGUUUCUUGUGAUGAGCUGGUUCGAGCCCUACUCUGGUCGUUCCCCCCUCAUUCAUACAAAUGCAUCAAUUGAAAGGCAACACACCAUUAUUUUAGGUAUUUAAUUCAGAUUUGAUCAGCCAUAUCUAUUAAUUGAUAGUGUAUCCAUUUAAUCCUAUCCCAUGUAUGCUGUGCUUGGUAGGCCUCUGUGAUUCUAGGUAGCUCCAGCCGAGAGAAAAAUGGCCAGAAUAAACGGAGGACUUUGGGCCUCAAGUUGCUUAGCUUUUUUCGCCUGUCUUGGUAUUUAUGGCCUCUGCGCAUUAAACAGUAUAGUCUGGGUGGGUUUAGGUCUGAGUUUACAUACACUGCCCUGUAGACACAGAUGAGACUGGCUUUGUUGUUUUAACUCUAUGUAGAACUACUACUAUAAUACACUAUAUAUGCAAAAGUAUGUGGAGACCCCUUCAAAUUAGUGGAUUCGGUUAUUUCUGCCACACCCAUUGCUGACAGGUGUAUAAAAUCGAGCACACAGCCAUGCAAUCUCCAUAGACAAACAUUGGCAGUAGAAUGGCCUUACUGAAGAGCUCAGUGACUUUCAACGUGGCACUGUCACAAGAUGGCACCGUUCCAACAAGUCAGUUCGUAAAAUUUCUGCCCUGCUAGAGCUGCCCCGGUCAACUGUAAGUGCUGUUAGAACCGUCGGGAGCUUCAUGAAAAUAGGUUUCGAUGGCCGAGCAGCCGCACACAAGCCUAAGAUCACCAUGCGCAAUACCAAGCGUCGGUAGGAGUGGUGUAAAGCUCACCGCCAUUAGACUCUGGAGUAGUAGAAACGCGUUCUCUGGAGUGAUGAAUCACGCUUCACCAUCUGGCAGUCCGACGGACAAAUCUGGGUUUGGUGGAUUCCAGGAGAAUGCUACCUACCCGAAUUCGUAGUGCCAACUGUGAAGUUUGGUGGAGGAGGAAUAAUGGUCUGGGGCUGUUUUUCAUGGUUCGGGCUAGGUCCCUUAGUUCCAGUGAAGGGAAAUCUUAAUGCUACAGCAUAAAAUGGCAUUCUAGACGACUUUGUGGCAACAGUUUGGGGAAGGCCCUUUCCUGUUUCAGCAUGACAAUGCCCCCGUGCACGAAGCGAGGUCCAUACAGAAAUGGUUUGUCGAGAUAGGUGUGGAAGAACUUGACUGGCCUGCACAGAGCCCUGACCUCAACCCCAUCGAACACCUUUGGGAUGAAUUGGAACGCUGACUGCGAGCCAGGCCUAAUCGCCCAACAUCAGUGUCCGACCUCACUAAUGCUCUUGUGGUUUAAUGGAUGCAAGUCCCCGCAGCAAUGUUCCAACAUCUAGUGGAAAGCCUUCCCAGAAGAGUGGAGGCUGUUAUAGUAGCAAAGGGGGAACCAACUCCAUAUUAAUGCUCAUGAUUUUGGAAUGAGACGUUCGACAAGCAGGUGUCCACAUACUUUUGGUCAUGUAGUGUGUAUGCCAAUUUAGCAGACGCUUUUAUCCAAAAUGACUUAGUCAUGCGUUCAUACAUUUUACGUAUGGGUGGUUCUGGGAAUCGAACCCACUACCCUGGCGUUACAAGCGCCAUGCUCUACCAACUGAGCUACAAAGGACUGUGUAGAACUAUUACGCUGCUGGACUUUUCACAAUUGUAUAAGGCUAGCCAUAAACAGAGCACCCUCAAUAAACAUUGGCCUAUACAUACACACACACACACACACACACACACACACACACACACUGUUAAUUAAGCAUUGCCAGUGUCGCAUUGUGUGGGCUUGUAAUUAACACAAAGCUGUGUUUGGCGUAAUUCUCCUUUUUCCCAGGCUUGACUGACUGACCCUAAUCUAGGCCGUGUGUGUGAGGUAGAGGUCUUCUCGGGUCCAAAAAGUUGGACCCGAGGACAAUCAGACCUGGAUGGACCCGAGGACAAUCUGAUCCGGACCAGAUCACUUAAAAGGGGGACUCGUACCCGAACAGACCCGAGAAACAUCAGACCCGAACCCAAAUGGACCCGACAACAAUCAGACCUAGACCCGACCCGUACCCUAACUGGUCCAGAUUUAGAUCGGACCCAAUUGGACCCAAGUGACAAAAAAUUUGUUUAUCAGCCAAGUUGCUCUUCAGGAAGUAUUCACACCCCUUGACUUUUUCCACAUUUUGCUGUGUUACAGACGGAAUUUUUUAUUGAUAACAUUUUGAUUUUGUGCCACUGAUCUAUACACAAUACCCCACAAUGUCAAAGUGGAAUUUUGUUUUUAGAAAUGUUUACAAAAAAAUUAAUACAUUCUAAGCUGAAAUGUCUUGAGUCAAGUAUUCAACCCCUUUCUUAUGGCAAGCCUAAAUACGUUCAGGAGUAAAAAUGUGCAUAACAAGUCACAUAAUACGUUGCAUGAACUCACUCUGUGUGCAAUAAUAGGGGUUAACAUGAUUUUUGAAUGAUUACCCCAUCUCUGUACCCCACACAUACAAUUAUCUGUAAGGUCCUUCAGUCAAGUAGUGGAUUUCAAGCACAGAUUCAAGCACAAAGACCAGGGAGAUUUUCCAAUGCCUGGCAAAGAAGGGCAUCUAUUGGUAGAUGGGUUAAAAAAAAGCAGCCACUGAAUAUUCCUUUGAGCAUGGUGAACUUAUUAAUUUAGCUUUGGGUGGUGUAUCAAUACACCCAGUCACUACAAAGAUACAGGCGUCCUUCCUAACUCGGUUGCCGGAGAGGAAGGAAACCGCUCAGGGAUUUCAUCAUGAGGCCAAUGGUGACCUUAAAACAGUUACAGAGUUUAAUGGCUGUGAUAGGAGAAAACUGAGGAGGAUCAACAUUGUAGUGUAUAUGCGAGAUAUGGGGGAUUGGAAGUGAUGCAGACAAUUACAUUGAUGGAAGUUACAAUCUACCUGCAAUAUUAAAGCUGAUCUACCCCCAGAAAAAGAAAAAUAAUAAUACAUUGUAGUUACUUCACAAUAAUAACUUAAAUGACAGAGUGAAAAUAAGGAAGUCUAGGGGAGGGAAUGGCCGGCAGGGAUGUAGCUCAGUUGGUAGAGUAUGGCGUUUGCAACGCCAGGGUUGUGGGUUCGAUUCCCUCGGGGGGCCAGUAUGAAAAAAUUAAAAUAAUGUAUGCACUCACUAACUGUAAGUCGCUCUGGAUAAGAGUGUCUGCUAAAUGACUGAAAUGUAAAUGUACAGAAUGAAAAUAUUCCAAAACAUGCAUCCUGUUUGGAAUAAGGCACUAAAGUAAUACUGCAAAAAAUGUGGCAAAGAAAUUAACUUUUUGUCCUGAAUUCAAAGUGUUAUGUUUGGGGCAAAUUCAACACAACACAUCACUGAGUACCACUCUUCAUAUUUUCAAGCAUGGUGGUGGCUGCAUCAUGUUAUGGAUAUGCUCGUCAUCGGCAAGGACUAGGUAGUUUUUGUAGGAUAAAAAUUAACUGAAUAGAGCUAAGCACAGUCAAAAUCCUAGAGGAAAACCUGGUUGUCUGCUUUCCAACAGACACUGGGAGACAAAUUCACCUUUCAGCAAGACAAUAACCUAAAACUCAAGGCCAAAUAUACACGAGUUGCUUACAAAGACGACAUUGAAUGUUCCUGAGUGGCCUAGUUAGUUUUGACGUAAAUAUAUUUGAACAUCUAUGGCAAGACUUGAAAAUGGCUGUCUAGCAAUGAUCAACAACCAACUCCACAGAGCUUGAAGAGUUUAAAAAAGAAUGGGCAAAUAUUGUACAAUCCAGGUGUGCAAAGCUCUUAGACUUACCCAAGAAGACUCACAGCUGUAAUCGCUGCCAAAGGUUAUUCUAAUAUUUUAAAAAUAUAUAUAAUUUUUCUUCCACUUUGACAUUACAGAGUAUUUUGUGUAGAUCGUAAAAAAAGAAGACAAAUCCAUUUUAAUCCCAAUUUGUAACACAGCAAAAUGUGGAAAAAGUCAAGGGGUGUGAAUACUUCCUGAAGGCACUGUAGGUCUUUAUAUGUUGGCUCGGCCUUCUAUAAGUCAAUACAUUUGCCUUGUUAGCGUAAAAUAAAUAUGCUAUAGGCUAGGCAGAGCUGUGGUCGGAUCCAUUCGGGUUCAUCAGCUGUAGUUACAUAGACCCGAGACCCGAUGACAAUCAAACAGGACCCGACCUGGACCGAGGGAAAAGUUUGCAUUUUGGACACGGACCCUCUCGGGUGUUUUGGUGGACCCGUGAAUACCUCUAGUGUGAGGGAGAAAGAGUGUGUGUCUAAGUAAAUUGAUUAUUGACCUAUGCCCUUUGGUAGUUAGUUUACAGUGCAGUACAGUGUGUGCAUUAGUCUAUUAGCAGAUUCAUGAUUAUUCUGGGGCUCUGUCUGGGACAAAUUAUGUUCUGCAUUAUGUAGGGCGGGCAUUGCUCAAAGCACCCACUCUCUGCUUUAGCUCAGUGGGCUAAUGCAGUCAUAAGUCUCACAGAAGACCCAAGUUUAAUACCCUGUGAUUUAGCCGCAGCCUGCUCUAGUAAGACGGAGAUACAAGGGGUUUAGCCAAUUAUAAAAGGAUUGGAUAUAGGGCACUUCGAGCAAAUGCCAGAUGGGCUGGUCCAUCUUUAUCCCAGUGUGCUUGUUUAAUUAUUUUAAAAAUUCUGCAGAAAUAUUGAUCAUUAUUUGGCUAAUAAUGGGGGCCUUGAGAAAAAAUUGUCUGGUGUGUUAGAAAUGCCUGGGCCGAUUUCUGGUCCCAGUCCGUCCAUGUUGCCUGUCCACCCUGCUUUGUGAUAUUACUCUACACAGAGGCUGGUACGGAUAGCCCAGCAUAUCACUGGGGGCGAGGUCCCAGCCAUUCAGUAUAUACAAACCAAGCGGUGUCUGUGGAAGGCCCGAAAAAUAGCCAAAGACUCCAGCCACCCCUGCCAUAGAUUGUUCUCUCUGCUUCCGUCCGGCAGGCGGUACCAGAGUAACAGGUCUUGGACCAACAGGCUCUGAGACAGCUUCUACCCCAAGCAAUGACACUUUUUAAACAGAUAGACAAUAGCUGCCCACCCCCACCAAAGACUAUAUGCACUGACUAUGCACGCUUACUGGUCUCUACCCACACACUCACACACAUAAACUCACAUAUACACACACACACUCACUACCACGCAGACACCCACCUACCACUUAUGCUGCUGCUAUAUUGUUUAUUAUUAUAAUGAUUAUUAAUCCUGAUACCAGUCACUUUCUCCUAAUCUCUGCCUAGAUAUGUACAUACAGAGUGGGAAAUUAACUUUUUGGUGCAGUGGAGUGGCUGGUAAAAUUUGGCCAUCCACCAGCCACUCCAUUUCUUACCAGCCAACACUACACCCCACACUUUCACCACUGUAGCGUUGAGAUUCUCUGUUCCAGACUGCCACACACACACAUUUGUUAUUUUACAUGUGGGCUCUGGAUUGGAGACAAAUAAUGCUCCCAAAUGCUCUAUGACCACCCGCUAAUGUGGCUAUUUUGUGUGUUUUUUUUGUUUGUUAUACUAUAUUGAAUACUGCAUUGUUGGGAAGGGCUUGCAAGUUAAACAUUUCACUGUACUUGUGCAUGUGACAAAUAAAACUUGAAACUACUAACAGAUGAGCAGCUUCCUGCUCUUGGCGGUUGCUGUUCUCUAAUAGACAGAUGCGGUAAGCAGGCCCAUUUAACCCAGCAAACCACAUUAGGGCAGGAAGGGGAGGUGAGAUGAUCAUGGUCAUCAGGCCCAGCAGAGCACCUCUGGCAGCACAACUGUCGCCUGGAACUUCUCUGUCUGCACUGCGACUAAUGGCUGGAGUACCAUCAGUUAGUCAUAUUGCUGCAUACUAUCCCCCUGCACAACACCUUGGUAAGCCUAAGUAAUGAACCUCUAAAAAGAAUGCACACACCACAGUCUCUCAGCUGAAAAAAUGCUCCUAACUGGAAUGAGCUGUCCUAAAACUAUAGUCUGUUAUUGUUGGCCUAUAUAUGACUAUUAUAGCAACAGUGGUGAUACUGAAGAUGGCUAACAUGCCAUUAAACUGACAGCUAUAGUUUUACUGUCAUACAGUAGUCAAUCUUUAACUCAAGUGGUACAGCUGCUUACCAUUUUACAGCAACAGGGUUGGAGUCCCUAAGGAGCUACUGGGGGGGGUUACAUAAACACAAUUAAAACCAGAGGAAUGCAGCAAACACCUCGUAGCUGUGUUCCUAGUUAACACAAUACACACAGGACUAGAGUACAUGCACAUGUAGGUAGGCCUGCUGCCUCAGAGAGGAUAUUUUCUUUUUAUCUAUUUGUUAAUUUUCUUUUUAACUGCAUUGUUGGGAAAGGGCUCGUAAAUAAGCAUUUCAAGGUAACACUUGUUGUAUUCGGCACGUGACAAAUACAAUUAGAUUUGGGCUAAACAAACACAACGAUGGAUUACACUCAUAACCAUGGUCAGCAUCAAAUGUGAAAUUGUAACACAAAUGUCAAUGGAGGAGUGGUGUGUGUGAGACUGUGUGUGUUGGUUGGUUCUUCAAUCCAUGGAGGGACCUAAAGUCCCCACAAGGAUAGUAAAACAAGGAAAAUUCUGCCUAUUUAGGACAUUUCCCAUGUCCCCAUGAGGACAAAGGCUAUUUUAAGCUUAGGGUUUAGGGUUACGGUUAGGGUAAGGGGUUUGGGUUACGGUUAGGGGGAAAAUAGGAUUUUGAAUGGAAAUACAUUUUAGGAUAGAAGAACAAAACGUGUGUGUGCAGGUGCAGGUGCAGGUGCAGGUGCAGGUGCAGGCACUGGGGCUGUGGAAACUGCGUGUGUCAAUAUGUGCACCACACACAGACUGGGUUCUGACGACACCGGGGGUGUUUCUCAAUAUGCAUACUACCGUGCUCCGAGCACGCAAAUUGGAGCAUACAAUGGUUGGAGUAUGAGUCCAAAUCAAAGUAUGCGAAACGGAGCAGGGAGGGCACUUAUUGGGCGCGUACUUCAUUUUUGUACACCUUUUGAAGCAUGCAUCGAUGCAAGCUUCAACUGAAAAUAGUUACUGGAUUGUUGACGUAAUGUGACGCCUAGACGUAACCACGUAAAAACGAUGGAAAAUGUUAUUGAAAUCAAUGGUGGCUGUUUUGCAGCUGAAGCGAGAGAAAAUAAACUCAGACUUCCGAAUAAAAUGUUGCCCAUUCACAUCUCAUAUGUUGCCUGACUACAAUAAUGUAAUCAAUUCAUAAAUACAGACUGCGCUAAUUUUGGCAUGUUUACCUGCCUACAAUACCCACUGUAGUGUGCGUAGAUCGCAUGACCAUAGUAAGUCAAUAGGGCUAACUGGCUAUCUAGCUACCCAUGAAGAAUUGACAGCUUGUCAUCUACCUUGCAUAACAUUAGUUUUAGGUCGUUUUUGCCCUUUAAACUAGCUGGCUAGCUAGAUGAUUACUAUUCACAUAUAGCUAGCUGAUAAUUAUUAAGUAAAACGUUUGCUUUGUGUAUGUCUUGUUUAGUCUCUAUUGCCAUUAUCCUGGCUGGAAGAAGGUUCAGUGAAUGGGAGGUGCAGCGUGAAGUAACACAGUAGCGGGAGUGUGAGUGCUUCUCAAAUGUAAUGUUUUAUGCGUUCUCCACACUCUCGUCCUCACAAGAAGGUACUAAUGAGAACGCCCUCGGAGAAUGCACUCUGAGCAUAAGAGUGUGGAGCACGGUAGUACGCAUAUUGAGAAACACCCUGGGUUGUGGUUGCGAGUGAUUUAGUCUGGAAUGUUCUAUAAAGGAGGAGGGGGGUGCUUCCGGUGACUCAGCCACCCCACCCUAACCCUUAAACAAGCACUGUAUUCCAGGAAUUCUCUCUCCAGACAUGGUAUGCACACCCCCCCCCCCCCUCCCCAAUUCCCCUAGCUUACUCACCUUCGCUCCCAUCUUACUCAAUUUUAUCCCUCUUCCUCAUUCUGGGGUGUGUCCCAAAUGGCACCCUAUUCCCUCUAGUGCACUAGGGUUCCAUUUGGAACGUUGCCCUACUCUCACUCCCAUCCUGCACCUUUACUGCCUCCCCUCCUCAGCCCAGCUGGCAGCUACUCCCCUGGUCCCUCUUCCCUGUAUCAUUACCUCUUCCUUUACAUCUCUAUCCCCCCUCCUCCUGAGAGAUCUGGCAGCCAGUGGAGAUAUCUCCUCUUUUGGUCUCUCCUCUCUGAUGUUAUCGUCUGAUUUGGUGCUCCAUCCUAACCCCUAACCCCCUCACAGAGCUAGCUGAGGCCCAGUGGAGACCUAGAGACACGAGUCAGUUUAGUGUUUUUCCCCCAUCAUGGUUAAUGUUAGGAUAUGGGGAGGGCAAGGUGAUCCUAGAUCUGUGCCUAAGGUCAAGAACAACUUCUACCUGGAAUUUAGCCAGUAUCAGUGAAUGCUAGUACUGAAAAUGGAUGAAAACCUUCAGGUGGUAUGUUGUGGUUGUAACCAACCAUGUUCAGUAUUCACUGAUAUUGGCUAUAUCUUCAGAUCAAGAGGCUUCUUCUCAUUAGGACAAUGAUAUGCUAAAUGAUGGAGCUAAUUUACUACAGAGAAUCAGGGUUUCCUAUCUGGAGAACUGUCUCUCUACAAAUUAUGACCUGCUGGGAAAGGAGAUCACAUCUCACUCUAGAUCAGAUCUGUGUCCCAAUUGGCAGCCUAUUCCCUAUAUAGUGCACUACUUUUGAGCAGGGCCCUUGGGGCCUUAACACACUAAUGAAUAGGGUGCCAUUUGGGAGGCACCCUAGAGAUCAGGGCACAUUCUCAGCCUACUCCGGGAAGCCCCCUGUGAACCCACUAGCAGAGGUCUGUGCUGAAUCAGUCAGUGCUUAUGGUUAAACUGUACAUGUAUUUUACAGGCUGUUCUUUACAUGGUUUUACUUAGAAAUAACAUAACAUGGUAAUUACAUAAUUACAUAGUUAUUACUGUUCCGCGUCUGAGAUUCUCUAAAACAAGCACCACUAUGUACAGUUUUGUAUUUCGUAGUGUUGGGUUAUUUGAAUUAAAUAAGCAGCAGAAACUACUGCUGCAUGUUAUGGUAUAAUGCCUCAGUAAAAGCUAAACGAAUAGCAGCUGUCAUUGCAAAUAAAGCUUUCCAGAGUCAGCCUAAUAUCCUGUUGUUGUCUAUGUCUGCCUGCCGUAUGCUAUGCCCACACUGUUUCCAUGGCCUGACUGUGCUGAAUGCCACCACCACCUAACCUUCUUGGAAACAACAUUUAAGAAGAAAAUUGGACCAGAAGGGAGUUAUUUUAAUAGAGGUAGCAAUUUUGGUACUAACUGUUUUCCCCACCUUAAAGCAAAUGUCAGCAACUGGUGCCUUUGUUUUUUCCUAUCCUUUUUUCAUGGAGGUACGACUCCAGCAAAUCUCACUGUUUUCCACAAGCACAUGGAGUAGCCAGCCAAAUAGAAAAGUAGCCAGGCAGGCUCCCCCGGGUUGGGGGGGUGUUAAGAAUUUCUGUUUGCCUAAAAAGCUCUACUUUGGUGGCCUCUGGUACAUUCUAAUGCUAGAUUGUAUUUUCAUCCAGCAACUAUCAGGAAAUAACACUGAUCAAAUGUUCACACUUUUCAUCAGCUAUUGUACAAAAGUUAAUUUUGACUGCACUGGGCCUUUAAAGAAUCCUGUAAGUCUGAUGGCUUCCACAGGCUUCAAGCUUCCUUCUCAGCUAUCCACAAUACAGGUAUGAUUGAAGAACGAAGCAGGUGUUAAACAUGGGCUUUGCUACACAGAAGGCAGCAGUCGACUACUUAAUUGUCAACACUUUGAUUAAAUCAGUAGACCUAUAUCAAUAUCUUUGAAAAUACCAUAAACUGUAAGUAUCAUUAGCUUUUAAAACAAAUCUGUUUUCUUUUAUCAUAUUUUGUACCAGAGUGAGGCUAUCUCUCCACUAGCCUACCUGUUGUUCCUGCAGGGAAGAGGGUUCACCAUCUUCAUCGAAUGUUUUCAUAAUUUAUCUGCAGAUAGGCUAAUCGCCAAAAAGCCUACCAGUAUGAAAAUGAGGUGGCCAAAUGAACAGCUCUCCUUUCUGAUGGAAUUUGGUAGGCUACUGACUAGUCGCUCACUUUAACGCCACUGUCUGGCAAGUCCUGAUGGACUUCAUAAGAAAAAUACAAAUGACAUAUUUAGUGUACUUGUCCGGAUCGAUGCCAUCAAAUCAAUUUUUUUCAAAUCAAAUCAAAAUUGAUAUAUAACUACGUUGUAUGAUUUAUGAAUGGCAAGGAUAUAUGAGAUCGACUUUAUUCAGUCAGUUCGACACUUUUUAUAAACUAGUCAAGCUUGCUGUUCGUCAAUCACUGCACAGUAAAUAGCCUAUGCAACCCCUCUGUGGCUGCAUAUGAAACACGCCAGGGUCCAAAGCUAUUAUUUUUUUCCCCCACUGGCCAGAUUGGGCCAGUUGACCAAAAAUCUACUGUCCUGAACAGAAUUUCUACUGGCCCGGACAUGGUGUAGUUCUUAAGUGCAUUGUGGUCAUGUAGUGCCUAAAGGGUGGCAUGCGUUCUCUCUAUAUUCAGCUAUUAAUAUAACAUAUUAAUAACAUUUGGUUAUUACAUGUAUUAAAAAGAUGUGCAAUAUAAUUUAGCAUUGCAAGUCAUUACUCGAUUCUUUAGAAUUGUAUUAAUUGCAUUCAUUUUUGUUUCUAAAGUAUGUCAUUUUGAGAUUUGAAAAUAGGACGCAGACCCUUUUUAAGACAAACGUUCCAAAAGCGGUAUCGACAUGGCUACAGUAGGCUAGCCAAGAGGAAUGAUAGGUGUCUUUUUUUGUAGAUUUAUUUUUGCAGACUAUCAACAGGAGCCAGCACAUUGCUAGUAUGUUUACUUUUGUAAACCACUUGACCUUAAAUAAAUCAGCUCAGCGAGUAGAUUGCUGGGCGCUUAUUUUUGCUCAGGACAGCUUGCAUGUGCUGUGUGAAGGCAUCAACGCAUGACGGCUAUUGCUGGUGAAGUGAUUUGCGGGGAGCUUGGUGGUGCUUGAAUGAACGGCCAAUCAAUUGCUCAAAUACAAAUUACAUGACAUUUACGGGUGUAGUCAUCAAUGGUUUUCAAUGGUAACUGACUGAGUGACUGAGAAGGCUGCCCUUUCCACAUUGGGGUCAUUAAUUUGUAGCCCAAACUAUUCGGAUGCUACAGACAGAAGUUGGCAAUAAAGCGUUACCGACUUCAGGCGAGUCCUGUGGGGCUUGUGGGGGUCGUAGAGCAAAACGGAGAACACCAUCGUGAAGGCCAAACCAUUAGGAUGUUACAGACGUUUUCGUGAGAAGACCGAUUUUCUGCAUGUCUCAUGGUCUGAGACACCACUGUAGCUCGGCCACCUUACACCGCAGAUGCGGAAGGCCGUGAAACGGAUUUUAAUAGAGAUGUUUGUAUUGUUACUUAGAUUGAUGCACGGGUGCGUCAAUAGACUUAAGGAUUUAAUGUCGGACCCUGCACGCGAAAGAAAAUAAAUAAAUAUGCCAGAAAACAAUAGGCUAAGUGGAUUUCGACUCAUCAUUACCGCAUUAUAUUAGGCUCUAUGGGACGUGCAAAUUCAUGCUUUCUCCCUCGGUUUAGAAAUCCGACUGCAAUCACAGCGCGCACAGCACACACACCCAGGUAUCCAGAGGCGGGACAGACAGCAGUCUUUCAAACCAGCAGUGUCUCCCUGUUAUCACUAUUUUUGUGACUGGCAGGCGCCUGUCCUAUCAAUAGAUUACUAGAAGAUGCAUAUCGUUCAUUCUAGCGGGAGAGGGCUUUGCAGACUAUUUUUCUGACUAGCGAAAUGAAAAGUAGCCUAGUUAAUUUAAGCUGAAAAAGCCUCGACUCUGUAAUUGGCUGUGUAGCCGUCAACCGGUGCUAGUGGAAAACACUGGUGUUCUCUGCAGUUGUACCCUAAUCUCUUUACAUUGCGCCACUGACUGCACUCCCAAUUCCAAACCAAACUCUAGUCUGUAUCCCCUACCCCUAAACACUGGUGAAGCCCUAAAGGAGUGGUUAGAUAUGAGCAAUAAUGGCACACAUUUCAACUAUCCCAAAAGAGUUCAAAUUAUACCCAAUCCGUUGAGACGGCUGUGUGUGUUGCGGUGUGUUUCAGCUGCAGAACCUGGGGGUGAACCUGGCUAACAUUGGUUUCAGCUACCUGACCAUGGAGUCUGACAAGUUCAUCUGCAUCCGGGAGAAGGUGGGCGAGCAGAACCAGGUGGUGAUCAUAGACAUGGCCGACCCCAAUAAUCCCAGCAGACGUCCCAUCUCCGCUGACAGUGCUAUCAUGAACCCUGCCAGCAAGGUCAUCGCCCUCAAAGGUAGGCUACCACCACGACCCCACAACCUUAUGGUUGCCUUCCAAAUGGCACUCAAUUCCCUAUGUAGCACACAAUUUAUGACCAUGGCCCAUAGGGCACUAUGUAGGGAAUAGGGUGCCAUUUGGGGCACUAUGUAGGGAAUAGGGUGCCAUUUGGGACUCACACUAUGACCAUAUGACCCCGCUCCCUGACCUGGGCUCCUUAUUCCACCGGUGUAAUAACAACAACAAAAACGCUCUGUUACAAUGCACUCACUAAGUAGUUAAACGCUCUGUUACAAUGCACUCACUAAGUAGUUACUUGUUAAUCCAAUGCGGUUACUAGAGUAAUUGCAGCAUUACUACAGUACACAGGUAUAUGAGCAGCCUAUUUCAUCAUGUUUGUUCUGAAAAAGUUCCCUAAAAACAAUAGAUGUGUCUGCUUUAGCGUGCAUAGUAUUCACACAUAUUUUAACAUAGCUGUCAAAAGCAGUGUUGGGUGUAUCUGUGUUAUAAUGCACUAUUCCCUCCCAUGCUAUAAAUACCAGGAGUCAGUGCACUCAGACAUAUUGCCUAAAUGUACUAAAUUGGUCAUGUAAAUUGAUUUUCCGCCACUGCUUCUAGCAAGCGCUUUAGCCUUCAUGUCUGUAUCGGUUUGCCUUACUUCUGAUGCUUUCUCUUCAGGCUUUGCACAACUCUCUCUACCUCUCUUCCCCCUCGUUUUUUCUUUGACUGACUCUUUGCUUUCUUCCCCUUGCUUUCUGUCAUCUAUCAGAGGGUGAGUCUUUCUUUCUUUCUUUCUCUCUUUCUCUCUCUCUCUCUCUCUCUCCAUGAAGUCUGCCUAUCUCUCCUUCUUCAUCUCUCUCUUCCUCUUUUUCUCUGACUGACUCUUGGCUUUCUUUCCCUUGCAUUCUGUCUUGUCACCUCUCAGACGGUGAGUUCCUGUCUGUCUGCCUGUCCAUCCGUCCGUGGUGUCUUUGGUCAUCAUGUCUUUCUCAUAAAAGCUUCACCACCUUCUUAACCCACUGAACUCAUGUAUUCUGGUCACUUCUGACAAGUAACCGGAUCAAUGAGACUGUUUUGUGGACAGACAGAGGAGCAUUCGAUUCUGUACAUUUGAAUCCACACAUUGUAACUGUCCCACAUGGUAACCCCCCACACCCCCUGACUGUGACCUCUCAAGAUUUAGAACUUUUCAGUUUCAGUCAGAGUUCUCCCAAAACAGCCCCCUCCCCCACACGCACACCCUCACAUACUUUUAUGAGAACCAUACACGUGUUAGCAUGACCUGUUGUAUGCUGGUAGACUGUGUCUGGUAUGCACCAUCAGAUAUCAUACACACUGGGAGGUGUGUGUGUGUGUGUGUGUGUAUGUAUGUGUGUGUGUUAGGGCUGGGCAGUAAACCAUAAAAUAAAUGAUAUAAGGGCAUUCAUUCACGGACUGGUUUGGAUUUUUACUUUACCUUCUAUAACUGUAUUUUAAUGUUUGAAUUGUUACAUUAAAUAAUUCAGUAAUGACUCGAAAAAAUUAUGGCAAUCAUCUGUUUUUAUCGCUGGUGAGAAACUGCUAACAGCUGAGAAGAGAACUGCUAGCUAACUUGCAAGCACGUCAAUAACAAACGUCUGACUACCCCUAGUGGCGGAAGUAAGAACUGCAAUUGAAGUCAGAGGAGAAUGAUUGUUCUGUCAAGGAUGUUUUGUUGUUGAUGGGAAUAGCGGCACACUAAGACAAUGGAAACGUGAAACAGUGUGUAAAUGAUAGCAAAUGAGUACAGGAAAUGAAGAAAUUGAUUAUAAUGCUGGAAGAGAAUGCUGGAAUUGAACAAAUAACUAUGCAAAUGGGAACCGUGGGCCAUGUACCAGAGUUAGAGGCAACAAAAGAGGUCUAUGCACUACCCAUAAAGCAUAUUUAGAACUUUCAUUACUCAAAAAUGAGAAAAAUACGGUGAUAUAAUAUUUUGCCCAUAUUGCCCAGCCCUAGUGUGUGUGUAAGAGGUUUUCGUCUCCAGCCCUAGUGUGUGUGUAAGAGGUUUUCAUCUCCAGCACUAGAUCUCACUCUACAGUGUACCAGGUAUGUCGUACCUCUUCACCUACAUGUUAUAGUCUCUGUGAAACCAGUUCCGUUCCUUGCUCACUGUCUAAACCUGAAACUACAGUAAUAGUUUCAUCUUCAAAUGCUGUCCCUUAGGCUUAGUUCCAUUUAAACUGGUUGUGAUAUGGGAGGUUAGUAAAGUAUGGAGUUUGAUUUCCACACUGAUUCCUCUCCGCAUGCCAGAGACUAGAACAGUUCAGUAGUAGGCAUCAACACUGAUUCUAGUAGCCUUUUCUCACUUUUUCUUCUAAAUAGUCUAAAUAGCUAUGCCUCUGUUAAGAAUACUUGGCCCUGUGUGGCAAAUUUGUAUGUCUUUAUUUAUUGAUUUACCUUUUAUUUCACGACCUAGGAGAUUGAGAACACAUUCUCUUUUAAAGCAACAACCUGGGGAAGAGUUGCAAAUCGGUCAUUGAGCGUGUUAUCUAGCUAUCUCCAUCCUCUUUAUCCCCACUGCCUUCACUCUCUCACUGGACAGGGAAAUAGAACACUUUUGACCCAUCAUAGAAAUCCAGUUUGGCCAGUUUGCUGUGAACUUAAAGGGAUAGUUUACACAAACUACAGAUUUGUGCAAAGUACAAAUCUCAUGAAUACCUAGAAAGAAGUCCAUGAUCCUGGAUAGGCAGCUAGCAACCCAAAGAUAGAGUUCACUAGCUACAGUUUAGUAUUAGCUUCAUUCAGGUUCAGGGCAAAACAAUGUGAUGUGUCUCACUGUUUCCCCCCUCUCCCCUCCCUCUGCUCUCAGCUGCUAAGUGCCUGCAGAUCUUCAACAUUGAGAUGAAGAGUAAGAUGAAGGCCCACACCAUGACCGAGGAAGUCAUGUUCUGGAAGUGGAUCUCUGUCAACACUGUCGCCUUGGUGACUGAAGUGGCUGUCUACCAUUGGAGCAUGGAGGGGGACUCGCAGCCAAUCAAAGUGUUUGAUCGUCACGCUAGUCUGGCCGGAUGCCAGAUCAUAAACUACAGAGCAGACGAACAGCAGAAGUGGCUCCUCCUUAUAGGGAUCUCAGCACAGGUACACACACACUCUCCUUAUGAUCAGCCUUCCAUUGUCUCACAUACACACCCAUACUUCACAGCGUGUGAACACAUCAGACAUACGGUAUAAGUUUUGUAUUCUAAAAGCAUCGUACUUCGGUCCUUUUCUAGCAUGUUCAGAUAGUGAUGACAUCCCCUCUUCUCUGUCCUGCAGCAAAACCGUGUGGUGGGGGCCAUGCAGCUGUACUCUGUGGACAGGAAGGUGUCCCAGCCCAUCGAGGGCCACGCUGCAGCCUUCGGAGAGUUUAAGGUGGAGGGCAACACCAAAGCCUCCACUCUCUUCUGCUUCGCUGUGCGCAGCCAGGCUGGGGGCAAGGUGAGAACCGGACACUGGGGGGGGGUAUACAGGCAUGGUGAACAUUCAUUCCAUAACAAACCAGGACACCCUCUGUAAGCAUUGUUUGUGACUGUAGAAACUGGAGGAAGCUUGUGGUUGACUCUUCUGAAGUCGAAUGAUGAUGAUGAUUACUAUAUGGUCAUAAUGCAAAAUGCAUACGGUCAGUAUGUGUGAUUAGUAUGUGGUCACUAUGUUGACAUGUGUGGUCAUGUUGUGUUCCAGCUGCACAUCAUAGAGGUGGGACAGCCGGCUACAGGGAACCAGCCAUUUACUAAGAAGGCGGUUGACGUGUUCUUCCCUCCUGAGGCUCAGACAGACUUCCCUGUCGCCAUGCAGGUAAGGACCCCUAAAGACCCACCAGGGAAGGACCCACUCAGGGUGCUUCUCUCAAUGCCUGAAUGAAUGAAUGAGUGAAUGCAGCAUAUCAGUAGAGCCAGACUGAAUCUGCUGGGAGGUUUUCUUUAUUAAUAUUUAACCAGUACAACUGAAGCUGUUUGUUUUCUGUUCUCUUGGCAACACUUACUUACCAGUAACCUGCACACACAUCUCUAUGUUCAGGAUUCUUUAACUAUUAAUAAUAAUAAAUAAUAAUAUAAUAAUAAUAUGCCAUUUAGCAGACGCUUUUAUCCAAAGCAACUUACAGUCAUGCAUGCAUACAUUUUUGUGUAUGGGUGGUCCCGGGGAUCGAACCCACUACCCUGGCGUUACAAGCGCCGUGCUCUACCAGCUGAGCUACAGAAGACCACAGAGGACCACUAUUAAAACAUUUAACUGCCAUUCAAUAAUUUUGAUAAGACAUUGGUGUUGUACACUGCUAUGAAAAGGCCUAGGUGUCUUUGGCCCAUACAGAGGGUAUAAUCUCUGUAUCCCCUGUUUCUCUGUCCUCAGAUUGGCACCAAGCAUGGUGUGAUCUACUUGAUCACUAAGUAUGGCUACAUCCACCUGUAUGACCUGGAGUCAGGAGUGUGUAUCUACAUGAACCGCAUCAGCGCAGAGACCAUCUUCGUCACCGCCCCCCACGAACUCACCUCCGGCAUCAUCGGGGUUAACAAGAAGGGACAGGUAAGAAUGUCAGACCCAUUAGAAUUACAAUAUGGAUGUAUACAACAGGAUCUCUGGUUAUUUUGUUAUGGGUGGAUACCAGGGAAAGCAUGUACAAAUAUACACAUUAUCCAGCUAAAUAUUUAUAUUUUGUUUUGUAAUGAGUUUUUGUGUCAUGUUCUUUCUUACGUUUAUUGAAAAUCAUUUAAAAAAAAUUGUUAUUAAUCCAUGAUUGAUUGAUUUGAUUCAUACAUUUUCUGCAUCCCCCCUCAGGUGUUGUCAGUGUGUGUGGAGGAGGAGAACAUAGUGAACUAUGCCACCAAUGUGCUACAGAACCCAGACCUGGGCCUGAGGAUGGCCGUGCGUUCUAACCUGGCCGGGGCUGAGGAGCUGUUUGCCAGGAAGUUCAACACACUGUUCGCCCAGGGCUCCUACUCCGAGGCUGCCAAGGUGGCCGCAUCCUCACCCAAGGUAGGUCAGACCCCAGGACUAGGGGAGAUGAUCUGUUGGGUUGGUUUGCGCUGAAGGAUGGUUGCAAAAUUAGGGUAACUUUCCUAAAAUUUCCCAAAAUCCUGGUGUGAAGAUUCCUAGAAUCAGGAGGGAAUAAGCAGUAAAUACGGAAACCCCCAACCAGCAUUUCUGGUAAAUCUGAGAAUUUGGGGAAAGUUACUGGAAUUUUGUAACCCUAGGAGGGGAAAAUACAGCCUUUUAAUGGAUGCUCCUUAGCUUUGUUAUACACUUAGCAACAAUAACAUUGAACUAUCUUAUCGUCUUCCUCUCCUCCAGGGUAUCCUGCGGACAGCGGAGACCAUCCGUAAGUUCCAGAGUGUGACAGCCCAGCCGGGCCAGGCUUCUCCCCUGCUGCAGUACUUUGGCAUCCUGCUGGACCAGGGCCAGCUCAACAAGUUUGAAUCUCUGGAGCUGUGCAGGCCCGUGCUACAGCAGGGACGCAAGCAGCUGCUGGAGAAGUGGCUGAAAGAGGACAAGGUAGGACUGACCGGGGAUGGAGCAGUGCACUGGGCAGCCUUGUUACAGUGCUCACACACAAGUCAAGACUAAGACUGUAUGUAAACAGGAGUCCCUUACCAGGGUCCAUAGAGACUUUCAAUCGAUUCCCUUUGUGCUUGUAUAUUUAGCCUGAAAUUGCAGUAUAGCUACAGUUUAUUUGCCUAAUGUGUGUGUGUGUGUGUAGCUGGAGUGUUCUGAGGAGCUUGGUGACCUGGUUAAGGCAGUAGAUCCUACUCUAGCCCUCAGUGUCUACCUCCGGGCCAACGUACCCAGCAAGGUGAUCCAGUGCUUUGCUGAGACCGGACAGUUUCAGAAGAUAGUGCUCUACGCCAAGAAGGUACACUUCACUCUGAGAAUGGAUGGACCUCUCUUUGGAUGUGUUGCAAAUGGCACCCUAUUUCCUAUAUAGUGCACUACUUUUGACCAGGGUCCAUAGGGCUAGUAAUGCACUAUGAAGGGAAUAGGGUGCUAUUUGGGACACACAACUCUCAUAGUAUCUAAUAGCAUUCUGUCAUGAUUGAAUAAGACAACACUGUUUUAGUAGAACAUUUGAUUGAUCUGAAGUACCUAUUUUAAAAAUGUCAGCUUGCCCAUUUGUCUUGUCUUGUUGUUAUGUGGACUCUCUCUCUCUCUCUCUCUCUCUUUCUCCCUCUUUCCUCUCCUAGGUGGGCUACUCUCCAGACUGGGUGUUUCUGUUGAGGAAUGUGAUGCGGGUCAGUCCAGACCAGGGUCUACAGUUCUCUCAAAUGCUGGUCGCAGAUGAGGAGCCCCUGGCCAACAUCAACCAGGUAACACACGCACAUAGCACUGAUACACCUACAUGCACUGGCCCACAUGCACGCACGCCUGCAUGAACACACACACUGCCCAGUGUGGGGCCUCCCAGUCUGUUAUUCCUCCUUUUAAGGGCAUAUCAACUUUCCCCUCCUCCUCUGUCUUAACUGGCUCUGGCUAAAAGUUGUCCACAAGCAUAGACCUAUGGGCCCUGGCCAAAAGUAAUGCACUAUAUAGGGAAUAUGGUGCCAAUUUGGGAUAUACUCCUAGAAUCAGCAGUUUAGAGGCAACUUCAUCCAAUCUAAUCCAGCAAUGCACUUCCUUAUUCAGCAGGAUAAUGUCCCUGUGACUCUUGAUUACCUCUUUCUCUACUGUUAUUGGCUGCUAAUGUCCCCCCUCUCUCUUGUGAUUGGUGUAGAUAGUGGAUGUGUUCAUGGAGGGAAGUCUGAUUCAGCAGUGUACCUCCUUCCUAUUGGACGCUCUGAAGAACAACCAGCCAGCCGAGGGACACCUACAGACACGCCUACUGGAGAUGAACCUCAUCCAUGCCCCCCAGGUACACACACACACCUUUCAUAAUGUCUGUUGUGUUUCUAUUGGUGCAGUAUGUGUUGUAACUGGUUCUGUGUGUAUCCAGGUUGCCGAUGCAAUCCUUGGCAACCAGAUGUUUAGUCACUAUGACCGUGCCCACAUCGCCCAGCUGUGUGAGAAGGCUGGACUACUACAGAGGGCUCUAGAACACUACACUGACCUGUUCGACAUCAAACGGGCUGUCGUACACACUCACCUGCUCAACCCUGAGGUACGUAGGUGUAUGUGGGGUGGGUUCAAAUGUAACCUCUCUUGUUCUCUCCUCUCACUCUUGUGUGUGUGUGUUAACCCUCUCCUCUCUCCCUGUAGUGGCUGGUGAACUUCUUUGGCGCCCUGUCAGUAGAGGACUCAGUAGAGUGUCUUCGGGCCAUGUUGUCAGCCAACAUCAGACAGAACCUUCAGCUGUGUGUCCAGGUGGCAUCUAAAUACCACGAGCAGCUGGGAACAAACGCCCUGGUGGAGCUCUUUGAGUCCUUCAAGAGCUACGAGGGUACGUCUGGGUCUUGCUUCUCUUAUGUUUUAAAACGUGUCAGCUUGUGGUCCAGCUGUUAGAGCCGCAGACCCAGGCACACAUGCACAGCCUAGGAUACUAGAGCCGAGGCUACCAUAUGUUUUCACAGGGAAACUGUGUUCUUCCUCUCCCAGGUCUGUUCUACUUCCUGGGCUCCAUAGUGAACUUCAGCCAGGACCCUGACGUCCAUUUUAAAUACAUCCAGGCGGCCUGUAAGACAGGGCAGAUCAAGGAAGUGGAGCGCAUAUGUAGAGAGAGCAACUGUUACGACCCGGACAGGGUCAAGAACUUCCUCAAGGUACGAGGGCUACCCUAGCAGUGUUGGUUGGGUGAACGUUUAUUUGUAAGUCGCUCUGGAUAAGAGUGUCUGCUAAAUUACUCAGAUGUAAAAAAAAUUAUAAUAAUAAAAUAAGUACAAAUGUUUAGCACAGUCGUUAGUCUGGAAGACUACAAACCAGGUUCACUAGCAUUCAGUUACAUGUAAGAUCGGAAAUUACAUGUACCAGACUGAAUUCUCAUCUUUCACAGUUGUUUUAUGGGAUUUCAGCUUCCUUUUACAAAUGCAAGAAAAUGCUAAUGAAAUGUAACUAUUGAUGUUCUGUGUUGCCUCUCUCUCUCUCCCAUCAGGAGGCUAAAUUGACAGACCAGCUGCCUUUGAUCAUUGUGUGUGACCGCUUUGACUUUGUCCAUGACCUGGUGCUCUAUCUCUACCGCAACACUCUGCAGAAGUACAUAGAGAUCUACGUUCAGAAGGUAAAAGCCAUCAGCCUGGCAGUAGGCACAGUGAGGAACACAGCACUGCAGGGAAGGAAGAUGAGAAAUGUCAAGAUACCUUUUUGUUGGUUUUACCAAUAGCACUAUCCCAUAAUUAAUUUUGCUGUAAUUACCAUUGCCUGACAUUGUCAUUGCCUCGCAUUGACGUUUGUGUAGGUGAACCCCAGCCGUCUGCCUGUGGUGAUAGGAGGUCUGUUGGAUGUAGACUGUGCUGAAGACAUCAUUAAGAACCUGAUCAUGGUGGUGAGAGGACAGUUCUCCACUGAUGAGCUGGUGGCAGAGGUGGAGAAGAGGAACAGGUACAGACACAUCACUUACGCAUGUGGUCUCCAACAUUGUCGGCUCCUAUACUUCAAAUGGGGAGAACACUUUGUCAGAACUUUCAGGCCUGUUCUUUCCCCCUGGUGAGGCAAUGCCUCAAUGAUCCCAGACAAAAUGUUUCAAGAGGGUUUCUCAAAAGGAGAUUUUGUGUGUGUUCCAGAUUGAAACUGUUGUUGCCAUGGCUUGAGUCUCGUAUCCACGAGGGCUGUGAGGAGCCAGCUACCCAUAAUGCCUUGGCUAAGAUCUACAUUGACAGUAACAACACCCCGGAGCGCUUCUUGAAGGAGAACACCUUCUACGACAGCGCUGUAGUGGGGAGGUAUUGUGAGAAGAGAGAUCCCCACCUCGCCUGUGUCGCCUAUGAGAGGGGCCAGUGUGACAUGGACCUUAUCAAGGUCUGAACACACACCACACACACACACACACCACACACACCCAAGGGAGAUGACUAUGAUGCACUGAUUGAUUUGGUUUCAUUGUGCUCUGUUGUAGGUGUGCAAUGAGAACUCCCUGUUCAAGAGUGAGGCUCGCUACCUGGUCCGACGGAAAGACCCAGAACUAUGGGCCAACGUUCUAGAGGAGAACAACCCUUAUAGACGCCAACUCAUAGACCAGGUAAGUAGAAUACCCUCUGAUAACACUAUGUUGGUAUCUCUGAUCUGUAUGUCCCUGUGUUCUGAUCUGUGUCUCCCUGUGUUCUGAUCUGUGUCUCCCUGUGUUCUGAUCUGUAUCUCCCUGUAUUUGCCUGUGUUAUGACCUGUGUUUCAUUGUGUUUCCCAGGUGGUGCAGACAGCUCUGUCAGAGACCCAGGACCCAGAGGAGGUGUCUGUGACGGUCAAGGCCUUUAUGACAGCUGACCUGCCCAAUGAGCUCAUCGAACUACUGGAGAAGAUCGUACUGGACAACUCAAUCUUCAGCGAGCAUCGGUCAGUCACCAUGCACGCACACACAAACACUUUUCAAACAAUUUACUUGGCCUCACAGUUAAGCGUUGAGGUUGAAAAGACUCAAAUAUUUCAAAUGUUCUACGAAUACCUGUAGUGGAAGUCUUAUCUAGCCUCUGUGUAUCUUCUCUGUUUCUCCCCCAGAAACCUCCAGAACCUGCUGAUCCUGACGGCCAUCAAGGCAGACCGGACGCGUGUGAUGGAGUACAUCAACCGCCUGGACAACUACGACGCCCCAGACAUUGCUAACAUCGCCAUCAGUAACGAGCUCUUCGAGGAGGCCUUCGCCAUCUUCAAGAAGUUUGACGUCAACACCUCCGCCAUUCAGGUUAACAAGAUUCUGAAUAUAAUACAAAUAUUUAGCUAAUCAUUGUACCCUCUUUAUUUCAAAGCACCAAUAAUACUUUUCUUUACUUUACUUUUCUUUCUGCACCUUACAAAUAUUUUAUCAUUGGACCUCUUUAUUUACUUUUCUUUGUGCUACUUACUCAUUCACACAGCAUUUUCAUACUGACCAACUGUCUCUCUAGGUCCUGAUCGAGCAUAUCAGUAACCUGGACAGAGCCUAUGAGUUUGCAGAGCAUUGCAAUGAGGCUGCAGUAUGGAGUCAGCUGGCCAGAGCCCAGCUCCAGAGAGACCUUGUUAAAGAGGCCAUUGACUCCUACAUCAAAGCUGAUGACCCGUCAGCCUACAUGGAGGUGGUCAGCGCUGCCAGCAAGAACAGUAAGACAACCCAUCACCAUAACUAACCUGCACUGUGUGAGAGACAGGAACAUGGAAAAGCAAGGAAACUGAGGCAUUAGUCGGGAUAAAUCCAAAAGGGCAGUAGUGGGGAUAAGUCCAAAAAGAGUUCACUUGAAGCCUCCUAUGCACUGUAUGUGUGCAUAAUGUAUAUAAUUUAUGAUGUGUGUGUGUGUAUAAUGUGUGUAUUGUAGAUAACUGGGAGGACCUGGUGAAGUUCCUUCAGUUGGCUCAUAAGAAGGCCAGAGAGUCGUAUGUAGAGACAGAGCUCAUCUUUGCUCUGGCUAAAACUGGUAGACUGGCCGAAUUAGAGGAAUUUGUCAGCGGCCCUAACAACGCCCAUAUACAACAGGUAAAUGUGUCAAAUACAUACAAAAUGCACAUUUAUCAACAUGUAACGUUUUGUUCACUGAGACCUUUGGUUUCAACUUUGAACUCUCACUCUCCAUUGAUUCCUCCCUUUCCAUCUCACCCUCUCUUUCUCCUCCUGCAGGUGGGAGAUAGGUGUUAUGAAGAAGGGAUGUACGAUGCUGCCAAGCUGCUGUAUAAUAACGUGUCCAACUUUGCCCGCCUGGCAUCCACGCUGGUACACCUAGGAGAGUACCAAGCUGCUGUGGACAGCGCCAGGAAAGCCAACAGCACACGCACCUGGAAGGAGGUACAUCUAAACAUUCUUACACACACAUGUUAUGCUGUACGUGUAAGUGAUAGAUGGAAUCUCCAUUUGUUGGGUUGUGUUUAUCAUGAUUUAGCUCGAUCUCUCUCUCCCAAGGUGUGUUGUGCGUGUGUGGAUGGGGAAGAGUUUCGAUUGGCUCAGAUCUGUGGUCUACACAUUGUCAUCCACGCUGAUGAACUGGAGGAGCUCAUCAGUUACUAUCAGGUGACUACCCUGUACCGUUUACCUGCUGAUGCCCUCAAUAGUUUACUAUCAAGUAAAUACCCUGUAUCAGUCACCUGCUGAUGCCCUCUAUAGUUUACUAUCAGGUAAAGGGAAUGUUUUCAGAUAGUUUUGGUACAGUGUCUGUGUUUGUGGUUAACUCAUGUUUGUGUCUAUGUGUAUCAGGACCGGGGCUACUAUGAGGAGCUGAUAGCCCUGUUGGAGGCCGCGUUGGGUUUGGAGCGCGCUCACAUGGGCAUGUUCACAGAGCUGGCCAUCCUCUACUCCAAAUUUAAACCCCAGAAGAUGAGAGAACACCUUGAACUCUUCUGGUCCCGCGUUAACAUCCCUAAGGUGUGUCUCUCUCUAAAUAAAACUAUUGUAAAUAUUUAUAUUUUCCCAUAUCUGUCAUGUCUAUGUGACCUCACUUGCUGUGGUUGUCCAAUCAGGUGCUGCGAGCGGCAGAGCAGUCCCACCUGUGGGCGGAGUUAGUGUUUCUGUAUGAUAAAUACGAGGAAUAUGACAACGCUGUCCUCACGAUGAUGUCACAUCCUACUGAGGCAUGGAAGGAGGUGCAGUUCCAGGACAUCAUUGCCAAGGUAACAUGACCUUGUCAGUCCUCACUCACAAAAUAGUUGAAAACCUCACUGAAGGGCUAAAGGUAUUCUAACUACAACUGUAGCCAAGCUCUAUCUCAUUUUCUAAUUCUUUCACCUCUCUCCACAAGGAACUUCAUUGUGUUGUAUGACUCUUUCUAGGUGGCCAAUGUGGAGCUGUACUACAAAUCCCUUUCCUUUUACCUGGACUACAAACCUCUGCUGACGAACAGCCUUCUGACCAUACUGUCACCACGGUUAGACCACAGCCGCACGGUCACCUACUUCACCAAGGUAAUCAAUCAAAACCCGGAAUUGACUGAAAAACAUGAUCACACAAUACAACACUGCAGAUUUAGCAGCAACACAAGACCAAAUAAUAUGACGUGUGUGUCUCCAGGUGAACCAGUUGAAGUUGGUAAAGCCUUACCUGAGGUCAGUCCAGAGUCAUAACAACAAGGGAGUCAACGAGGCCCUCAAUAACCUACUGACAGAGGAGGAGGAUUACCAGGUGAGGGAGUGUGUGUGUGUUAUGGUUACGCCCUUAUGUUGUCCUAUGGCAUUAUAUUUUGUGGUCUCCAGUAAGCAUUACUUGCGUGUCUGUGUUGUCCAUAGGGUCUGAGGGCGUCUAUCGAUGCAUAUGAUAACUUUGACACCAUUGGUCUGGCCCAGAGACUGGAGAAGCAUGAACUGAUUGAGUUCAGACGCAUCGCAGCAUACCUCUACAAAGGUACCAACCGCUGGAGACAGAGCGUGGAACUCUGCAAGAAGGACAAAUUAUACAAGGUAAACAUUUUUGGGGGAAUACUAGUUGUUCCUGCCAAACCAGCACCUGGAUCCAGACGCACUGCUGUGCACAGGGUUUUUUACUUCUUGUUUUGCACUGUAAAUAUUUUGUGGGACCCUGUCACACUUCACUCUACUUUGACUAGAGCCUGAUGGGGGCACUGUUUCGCUUUGGAGGAGGGAAAUUGUGAAUAUUUAGUCAACUGCAACCUGUUGAAAUAAGUGUCUUCCUUCAGUUUUCUCCUCCGUAGCUUUUCAGCUUUGGAAUGAUAUGUAACCACUGGUGCAACAUCUGUGAGAAUCAAAAUGUUCCCAUGUUUCAUCAAUCAUUCAAUCCAUCCAUCCAUCCAUCCAUCCAUCCAUCUCUUCCCCUGUCAGUCUGUCUCAAGAUGGGAUGCUGUAUGCUGCAGAGACACGACUGCGGUCUCAAAUCAAUCAAUCUUUUAAUCAAUCAAUCAACCCCCCUCUUACUGUGUGUGUUUGUCAGGAUGCAAUGCUGUACGCUGCUGAGUCUAACGAUGCUGAGCUGGCUGAGACCCUGCUGCAGUGGUUUUUGGAGGAGGGAAGGAAGGAGUGUUUCGCUGCCUGUCUGUUUGCCUCCUACGACCUGUUGCACCCUGAUGUGGUGCUGGAGCUGGCCUGGAGACACAACAUCAUGGACUUUGCCAUGCCAUACUUCAUCCAAGUCAUGAGGGAGUACCUCACCAAGGUCAGUCCUGCUCCAAACACAGCAAGCGCAUCGUGUGUCCCAAAUGGCACCCUAUUCUCUAUAUAAUGCACUUCUUCUGACCAGAGCCCUGUUGGCCCUGGUCAAAAGUAGUGCACUAUAUAGAGAAUAGGGUGCCAUUUGGGACGUACACCAAAUGUUAAUUUCAGUGGGUGAAAAUGUAGUAAGCUAAAUAAUGGAUUUCUUCCUGCUAACUUAACAGGUACAUUUUUGCAGAUAUCUUUCUCUUCCUUUAAGAAACAGACAGUUGUCCUUGACCUUCUCUCUGUAGGUAUUGUAAAAGCAGACAGGGUUUAGAGAUUAAUAAAUACUUUUGGCAAUACAAAUGAAAAUAGUGGAAAGUUUACUUAAAUAUGGCGAUAACGCUGCUAGAGAAAGCUUAUUUUGUAUUUCUUGACUUUGUGUUUGUAAUUAAGUUAAAACAUGAGACACUCUUUAAGUCGGGAAGACUAGCAUUCCUCUAGAACAAUAUCUAGUAAUGACACCACUUCCUAUAACCUUUGACCCCAAUAUAUGUGUGGUCACCUCUGUGGGUUCUCUUCCAGGUUGAUGAGGUUGCGGAGAAGGUGACGGUCUCUGGCUCUCUUUAUUUAUCUCCUUUUUGUUCUGUCUGUUUUCUGUUCUAACAUAGACCCUAGGUUUCUGAUGUAGGAACCUAGAAUGGACUUGUAUGUAGACUGAGAAUCCUUAACUGAGGGCUGGCCAGUCCUGGUCCUUUAGAGUGUCACAGGGGGUGUAGGGUUCUGUUCCAGUCCAACACCAACCUACCUGAUUAAGCCUUUUUGUCUUUCUAGAUUGAAGACUGAAUCAGAUGUGUAAGAGCAGGGCAACAAAAGCCAUGCUCACACUCAACCCCCUAGAACCAGGGCUGGCCACCCUUAGCCUACUGGGACCCCCCCCCCUGGUCUCUCCUCUAACUGAUAAUCCCAGACUGUUUGCUCCUGGUUAACAGUAACACAUGAUAAAGGUCCUGGUUAACAGUAACACAUGAUAAAGGUCCUGGUUAACAGUAACACAUGAUAGAAGAUGGAACAGUACGAUAGAACAGCAACACAUGAAAGAAGGUGCUGCACUAUAAUCCUCCACAUUAGUAGUCAGCUAGCCUGAGUGACAAUCUGUUUGUUCUACCAUGCCAACGCCUUGUCACUUAUUUGGCCUGACUAAUGACCGCAAUGGAGUUGGCAAGAGCACAAACAGAUCUGGGACCAGGCUAGUAGUUAGCAGCUCCAGGACUGCAGUGUCUGCUGGAUUCCUAUGUCUGCCUUUAAACUGAUCAGUGAUUUGCCAGAGAGCAUGCUGUACUCCCCUAGUUAGAUGAGCAGCAGGUGAAGAGCACCAGACACUUGGCCCUCCCUGGAGGACUUGAGUCGAAGCCCCGUGCUGCACACACAGUUCUGUCGGAGUAUUCUCAUAUAGCUUUAACAGCUAUGUACAGUAACACCGUAGUGCACAAUACCACAUGUUGAGAAGCAUCCCCUAAGUAUACAGCCACUAGCUAGCUGUACAGCCACUAGAGAACCUAGUGCCCUACUUUUGACCAGAGCCAUAAAAGUAGUGCACUGUAUAGGGAAAAGGGUACCAUUUGGGAUACACACCAUUAAUUAGCUUUCUAUACAUGUUAAUGAUGUUAUUUAUCAGAGGAGGCACAUACUCCCUUGUAGUAUUAUUUUCUGCUGCUGAAAUUCUUACCAUUCACACUGCCAGUUUAUUUUGUAGUUAUGACAUUCUAAUUCUUCAGUUCGUUUUAGUUAAUUGUCUGUACAGACAAGUCACAUCUUCACAUGGAGCUAUUAUUACUCAAAACAGAGAUUCUAAAUGGCAAAAAUAGACAAUUUGGAAUAACUUAUUUAAUUAUUUAAUUAUAUGACUUUAUUACAAUACAUGAAUUACGUUAAACCAUUUCUGUUUGCCUCUUGAAUACAUCAGAAACCUUGCUUGAUUUGCUUUAUUUAGCCUUUAUUAGACACUGUACUGCUCACACUUCUGAAGCAUUGUCUGCGAAGAUGGCUGCACGUUUACUUGAGCAAUUAGCAGUUCACUUUACCACUUACAGUUUCAAAAAGAUGCAUGCUCUUAACCAAGCAAAAUACUUUUGAUAAACCGCUCUUGAUGAGUUGAUGAAAUAUUGCAUUUUGUUAGGCAAGGAGUGCCCUGUAGCUGAAGCAUGUUAAGUUGUGAUUUAGGUUUGUCUGUUUUGCUCCUGGACUGGGAUGUAUUUGCAUUUUCUAGGCUUGAAUAAAUGUGUCAGCAUCUUGGCAUGGGCCAAGCUUCUCCACCACAGAGAAUACACAAUUAACUUUCACAAGCCCUCCUGUAUACAGUGCUUCUAGAGUAGUUUAAAGAUGCUCCCUCACCUGUAAGGAAAACUGUAGUUUCUCACCAAUCCCGCAUGGCAUCUUCUCUAAGAUGUAGAAAUAGAUACUAGAUAGAUACUAGUCUAUAAAGUCUGAUAUUGAAAGGUGAAGUACAAUAUUAUGCAUAUUGUUGUCUUCAUGACAAAAGUUAACCUCACCAAUAAAAUAUUAUCUGAAUUGAUCUCUGUAGAACAUUCAGAGAUAUUUUUUUUUUUUUUGAAAACGCCAGUUUUUUAUUGUAGUGAGCCCAUCCAUUAGGCGACUGACUGGCUUUUCUCUCUGACCUCUGUCUUACCCUCUGUUCUCAGGUGGACAAACUGGAGGAGUCAGAAAGCCAAAGGAAGAUAGAGGAAGAAGUUACAGAACCCACUCCCAUAGUUUUCGGUAGGUUCGGUAAUGCAGUUUAUAUGAUACAUUCCAAAUCCCAAACACACUCCUGUCCCUCUGCCCUGGUUCCUUCUAGCCUAUUAAAAGGCUUGGUUAAGCUUUCAUAUCCAUGAGGGGAAUCAGUUGGCAUAGGGAGGGGAAUGAGUAUGGGAAUUUGAGUGCAACGCAAAAAGCCAGCUGUUUAUUAUUGAUGAAAUGGUAACAAUUCUGUAUGUUUAACCGUGUGUGUGUGUGUGUGUGUGUGUACAUACAGGUCAGCAGCUGAUGUUGACGGCAGGCUCUGCUCCAGUGGCUCCCCAGCCAGGAUACCCAGGAGGCUACGGAUACGCUGCCCCAGGCUACUCCCCCCAGCCCCCCUACAGCUACAACAUGUAG